AUGCCGCCCAUUCCACCUUUGUUCGUGCUUCCAGUCCCUCCGACCUUGAGCGCCAGCUCGUCUGCUCCAGGCGGACAGGGAAGCUUCAUAUGCACCCAGGCUGCUCAUCAAGUCUAUCUUCUUUCGUUUUCUUGCCCUCCAGACAACCGCCUUGUCCCAGCUUUCAACCAGACAUUUCUGCUAGCAUUGGACAUUAUCGAGCACCGACUUCCGCGUGGUGUGGUCAUCACGACUUCAUCCAUUAGCAAGUUCUACUCCAAUGGCCUAGACUUCGAAAAUGCCAUCAAGGAUCCAACCUUCUUCCCAAACAGUCUCUACCCACUAUGGCGGCGACUCAUAACUUAUCCGAUGCCGACGGUCGCCCUGAUGAAUGGCCAUGCCUUCGCAGGAGGCCUCAUGACUGCAAUGAUGCACGACUACCGCAUCAUGAACCCUCACAAGGGUUUCUUGUGCCUGAACGAGCUUGACUUUGGUGCAGCUCUUCAACCUGCCAUGGCAAGCGUGUUUCGAGUCAAGCUUAGCAUGACGACCUUCCGAAAUAUGGUUCUGGAGAGCAAGAGGUUCCCAGCUUUGGAGGCUCUAAAAGAGGGCAUCAUUGAUGGUGUUGGAGGUGUCGAUGAGACCCUCAAGUUCAUUGCCGAGAUGAAACUAACUCAGAAGGCGCAGGGUAGAUCAUACGGACAGAUCAAGGAAGAGUUGUACCGCGAAGUUGUCAAAGACUUGGAUGAAGCGGCUGAGACUCGCGGGAAACUGGCUGCCAGGGAUCUGGACCGCAGCCGUCGUGAUCUAGAGGCAAGAAAGAGGGUGGACGAUUAUCAGGCAGUCGUCCAACGGGCAAAGCUAUAA